AUGAAUUAUGCAUAUGGAAGUGCCAAAACGGAUAGUAAUUUAGUACCAGACGUUACAGAAAUGAGUAUAACCGCACCAGAUGUUCGUCAACAAAUAAGCCUGCACAAAAAUAAUACCGAUUUGACUAAGAUAAAUUUCGAUCAAACUAUUUAUAUCAUAUGGGCUGGAGCUAAUGAUUAUUUCUUUAAUCUCAAUUUAUCUCCAUUUGCUGUUGUUGUAAGUUUAAUGAAUGAUAUCAAUGAUCUAAUUCAGCUAAGUACUAAUCAUAUUAUUAUUGUUAAUCAACCACCUUUUCAAUCAUAUCCAGCUGUUGUUGGUUUGAAUAUUAGCUCUUAUUUAAAUCAGCUAACACUUGCACAUAAUAGUAAUUUAUCAAAUGUUAUGCAAUCACUUCAGUUGAAUUUUUCGAAUGUUUCAUUAGAAUUAUUUGAUGUCUAUUCACGUAUUACAAAUAUUCUUAUGAAUUCUUCUACUUAUGGAGUAAAUAGUACGAAAAAUUGUUGGGACACAUCAAAUCAUACUUCCAUCCAAAUGUGUUCAUCUCCUGAUACUUAUAUUUUUAUUGGUGAAUAUCAUUUUACUACUCGUGCACAUCAAAAAAUUGCUGAUAAUGCGCACGUAUAUUACUUGUAA